AUGAGACAAUUAUUGCUCUUGACAGCGCUGAUUGGCUAUACGCUAUGCGUGACUAUCGAUCAACACCAGUAUUACUACUCUCGGCAACCGAGGUUGUUUCGCCUGCUGACCAAAUACAACCUGUGGCCGAUGAAACACCAGUUUGAAUACGAGCGACCCUCGGCCGUACCGUCACCAUUUAUUUACGGAGGAGAAAGCGCAUCCAUUGAGAGCUUUCCUUACCAAUUGUCCUUGCGCCACGAGGGAACGCACAUUUGCGGUGCAUCGGUCAUUGCAGAACGAUGGGCGCUAAGUGCGGGGCACUGCCUGGACGAGGCGACGCAUCCUUCUGGCAUCACGUUUCGUGGAGGAACACCACACAGGUUGGCUGGUGGGUACAUUUUUCACGCCGAUCAGUACCUGUUGCACCCAAAGUUUGAUCGAGCUACGCUAGAUUAUGAUGUGGCCGUGGUGCAUGUGCAGGAAAGCUUCUUCGUCGAUCCAAUUAGAGCGAUCACCCUGGCAAGCACAAACACCUAUUAUCCUAUCCCGUCGAGCUGCAUCGUUUCCGGUUGGGGAAUGGCAGAAGAUGAUUAUACGCCUUUGAUUUUACAAUCGCUUGAAGUGUUUGUCCAAUCGCGCACAUUUUGUUCAACGAUGUUUAUAGAACAAAUUACCGAAAGAAUGCUGUGUGCAGGUAGCGGUGCAUUGGGAAAAGAAGUUUGUAACGGAGACAGCGGUGGUCCACUGGUCAUCAACGGAUAUCAGAUAGGAAUUGUCUCUUGGGGCUCCACCACUUCAUGUGCCAUAAACAUUCCAGGAGUUUACACUUCACUGACGAACGAUGAAGUGAGAGCGUUUAUCAAACUUAGCACCAACGUUUGA